AUGACUCGUUUCCGCCCAUGUAUUGAUUUGCAUGCGGGACAGGUCAAGCAAAUCGUCGGCGGUACUCUGUCCUCCAAACCAGGGGAAUUGAAGACGAAUUACAUAUCUUCCCACCCUGCCGGAUAUUUUGCGAAGCUUUACAAGGAAAAUGGCUUGACGGGCGGACAUGUUGUCAUGCUGGGAGAAGGCAAUGAAGAGGCUGCAAGGGAAGCGCUAGCUGCCUGGCCUGGGGGUCUGCAAGUUGCCGGUGGCAUUAACGACAAGAAUGCCCGAUAUUGGAUCGAAGCUGGCGCCGAGAAGGUGGUUAUUACAUCCUACCUGUUUCCUGAGGGACGAUUCUCUCUUGAUCGAUUACAGACGAUACUCUCCGCUCUUGGGAAUGACAAGUCCAAGUUGGUGCUAGACCUGAGUUGUCGGAAGAAGGGAGACUCAUGGUUCGUUGCCAUGAAUAAGUGGCAGACAAUAACAGAAAUGGAGAUCACACAAGAGACCAUUGAAAUGCUUGAGCCAUACUGCUCCGAAUUCCUUAUCCAUGCUGCGGAUGUCGAGGGUCUGCAACAAGGAAUUGACGACGCGCUGGUAUCAAAAUUGGGCGAAUGGUGCACUAUUCCAGUAACUUAUGCUGGCGGAGGGAGGAAUCUGGGAGAUCUCGACCGCGUCAAGUUAGCUAGUGGAGGCAAGAUGGACUUGACGAUUGGAAGCGCUCUUGAUAUAUUUGGCGGAUCUGGUGUCACUUUUGCGGAAUGCGUGGAGUGGAACAAGACGAAUGGAAGCUAG